GAGGGGAAUGCGAUACCGACCCGUUUCUAGAGAGAAAGCCAAAGGAUAUUUUAGAGAGAGAAAGGAAGGAAAAAAAAAAGGGAUACUUCAAAAACACAAGAGUAACGGAUCAUCCCUCAUUCUUCAAUUCCACUUGAACUAUAGGAACAUGGGUUUGAUUUCUGGGAUUUUGAUGGGGACGAUCUUUGGGAUCGCAUUGAUGGCGGGGUGGGUUCAUAUGAUGAGAUACCGGAGCAUCAAGCGCGUUGCCAAGGCAGUUGAUAUAAAACUCCUUGGAUCCCUUAACAGAGAAGAUUUGAAGAAAAUUUGUGGUGAUAAUUUUCCUGAAUGGAUAUCUUUCCCUGUGUAUGAACAGGUGAAAUGGCUCAACAAGCAACUUACCAAAUUAUGGCCAUUUGUUGCAGAUGCAGCAACAUUGGUAAUUAGAGAAUCUGUUGAGCCCCUUCUGGAAGACUACCGGCCUCCAGGAAUUACUUCAUUAAAGUUCAGUAAGCUCUCUCUUGGAAAUGUGGCACCCAAGAUUGAAGGAAUUCGUGUUCAAAGCCUUAAGAAAGGGCAAAUUAUAAUGGAUAUCGACUUGCGAUGGGGUGGUGAUCCAAGCAUUAUUUUAGCUGUUGAAGCUGCUCUUGUUGCUUCAAUACCCAUUCAGUUGAAGGAUCUCCAAGUUUUCACUGUUGCUCGUGUUAUCUUCCAACUUGCAGAAGAGAUACCUUGUAUUUCUGCUGUUAUUGUUGCUCUACUUUCUGAGCCAAAGCCAAGAAUUGAUUAUACUCUGAAGGCUGUUGGUGGAAGUUUAACAGCUCUCCCUGGAAUUUCAGAUAUGAUUGAUGAUACUGUGAAUACCAUUAUCACAGAUAUGCUCCAAUGGCCCCACAGGAUUGUUGUUCCAAUUGGUGGUAUGCCUUUGGAUACAAGUGAACUAGAGCUAAAACCACAAGGGAAGCUUACUUUGACAAUAGUAAAAGCAAAUGAUCUGAAGAACAUGGAAAUGAUUGGAAAAUCUGAUCCGUAUGUAGUUGUACAUAUUCGGCCACUAUUCAAAAUUAAAACAAAGGUUAUUGAAAACAACCUGAAUCCUGUUUGGAAUCAAACAUUUGAGUUGAUUGCGGAAGAUAAGGAGACACAAUCGCUAAUCCUUGAGGUUAUUGACAAGGACAUCACACAAGAUAAGCGGUUGGGCAUAGCAAAGUUACCUUUGAAUGAUCUGGAAGCUGAAAACCCAAAAGAGAUUGAACUGAGACUGCUUCCGUCACUUGAUAUGCUUAAGAUAAAAGAUAAGAAGGAUAGAGGAACCAUCACCAUUAAGGUUUUGUAUCAUGCAUUUAACAAGGAGGAGCAAAUGGCAGCUCUAGAAGAAGAGAAGAGAAUCCUAGAGGAGAGGAAGAAACUGAAAGAAGCAGGAGUCAUAGGGAGCACAAUGGAUGCACUUGAUGGAGCAGCAUCGCUGGUCGGGUCUGGAAUUGGCCUUGUAGGCAGUGGAGUUGGCGCUGGAGUUGGGCUUGUGGGCACCGGCCUUGGGGCUGGAGUUGGGAUUGUGGGAAGCGGCCUUGGAGCUGUAGGCAGCGGUCUGAGCAAAGCCGGAAAGUUCAUGGGCAGGAGCAUCACCGGCCAAUCUAGCAGCAACAAGAGGAAUGGCAGCACAACUCCAGUGAACAACACCCAAGAAAAUGGCGGUGUGAAGCCAACAUAGUGCCAAAGUCUGAAUUUCAUCCAUCCUCUGCACACUAUAAUAAUUAGAUUGAAAUUAAGUUAUUUGUGGGUUCUUCUUUUUCGCUUCCAUCCGCCCCAAUGUCAAUUCUAUUUGCUAGUUUGGAAUCAAAUGACAUAAAAUAUCAGUUGCUUUCAGCUGUGUAGCAACCUGAAUCCCACUUUGUGUUAAUGUGUUAAUACCUAAAAAAUCAAACUUUAAUGGUCUCUGUAUUUAUUCCAUUAUUGCUUCUCAACUCAA